CGGCGGAGGGCGAGGGACGCGCGCCUGGCCAGCCCAGCCCAGCUGCGGGGUUCGGAGAAAGUGAGGUCCGGCGGCACAGAGCGCUUGAGUUGUGCACCUCAUCGAGCUCAGAAAGUUCAAGAAAGAAUCCAUUCCUACAUAUGGUCAUGUGGUUCUAUAAAACAAUGUCCCGUCAUGUGCUAUGUUGGUGACGUCACAGGAAGCAAAGAAGUCAGUGUUAGAAGAUAGCAAACGUACAGGAGGUCAUAAACCAUAUUUGAGAAGUACUUCCAUCCAGUGCUACUUGUGUUUACUUCUGAACAGUCAUUUUUUAACUGAGGCUGGCAUUCAUGUCUUCAUUUUAGGUUGUAUCAGUGCAGGUCUUCCUAAAACAGAAGCAAACUGGCAGCAUGUAAUAAGUGAUUUGAAAAGAAUUGAAGAUCUUAUUCAAUCUAUACAUAUGGAUGCCACUUUAUAUACUGAAAGCAAUGCUCAUCCCAGUUGCAAAGUAACAGCAAUGAAAUGCUUUCUCCUGGAGUUACAUGUCAUUAUGCAUGAGUCCAGAAAUUCAGACAUUAACGAUACGGUAGAAAACCUUAUCAUCCUAGCAAACAGCAGUUUAUCUUCCACUGAGCUCCUGGGGUUCAGCUUUGGAUUUGGACCUGCGUCUGUGUGUAGGUCGCCUGAGGGCGUCUAUUCUUUGCUCAGACAGGACGAGUAUAAAACUGAAUCGGGAUGCAAAGAAUGUGAGGAGCUGGAGGAAAAAAGUAUUAAAGAAUUUUUGAAGAGUUUUGUACAUAUUGUGCAAAUGUUCAUCAACCCUUCUUGAUUGCAGCUGAUCCUUUUCAGCAUUUCUAUUAUUAACAAACAGCUCCCCGCUGCUUAGAGGCAACAACGAAACACUCAGCAUUUCAAAUGUGCUGCCAAAAUAAAUUCUUCUGGCAAGAGGAUGAUCGGGAUCUUUGAUCAGAUGAGCUCACAGAAAUGAAGGCCGAACAAUGGCAUUGAGUACCAUGGUGUCUAUGAACGAAGGACUUAUUUUAUUCAUUUAUUUUUAAUUUAUUAUUGAGAUUGUACAUAUUUGUAGCAUAAUGUAAAAUGUUGAAUAAAAUUGUGUACAUAUUUUAUCUUUUGAAAUUGCAGUGAUAUUUUGUCAUAUGAAAAUAGAAGGUGUUUGGUUCAAGGGUGAUAGUCAAAUUAUUUAACAGCCACUGGGGCUGGGUACCACUGCUGUAGGUAAAGAGGAUGCCCCAACCAACGUGGGAAUUGACUACCAGCCUUCCUUUACUUCUCCUUUAGGUGUAGCACUUGGAGGGAGAAUUGACUACCAAUGAGAAAGGAGGAACUAGGUGUGAAACCAGUAAUUCCGUUAUUGAUAUAUAAGGCACUUGUUAUGAGAGAGAGAAUUUGCAAGUACCUGGCACGGAAUGUGCAUCAGUCCAUCUCAGGUGGGGAUGGCAAUAAUAAACCUUCACUGAUAGGUGGAACUGUGUAUCAAAAACUGAUGAUUGCACUGGUGUUUAUAUUUUAUGCUUCCCCAAGUACAGGUAUUUUAUUUUUCCACAUUGUAUUUGCCAUGUUUGUAUAAUAAAAAAAGUGCUGAUGAGUUAAAGUCAACAUGA